UUCACCACCCUAUUCAAAUCUUCACUCACUACCACCAAAGACUGAGAAGAGGGGUUGAAUUAACUGCUUGCAAGCAUGGCGAAGAGCAAGGAAGACAUAACCUAUGCAACAUCACAAGCAAGGCUUUCAGAAGAUGAAGCAGUGAGAGUGGCCUACGAGCAUGGCUCACCCCUUGAAGGAGGAAAGAUUGCUGACUCUCAACCAGUUGACUUGUUUUCAAGUGCACACAAUAUGCCAAAGAGUGGCCAAACAACAAUGGAUUCAAACACUAGUGAUCAAUCUCAGAUGCAACGUGAUACACAAGAAGGGGGUUCUAAAGAAUUCACCACUGGAGCUCCUGGAUAGCCCCAAAAGGGGCUCCUCCAGCAAUGGGUCAUAAAUUUUGAAGGCAAUAAUAUAGACAACCUUAUAAAAUAUGUUUACUUUUGUGUGUUUUGUUCUGCCCUUUGUUUCUUUUUUAUGGCAUAUCAUCAAUCAUGUAUGGGGAUGACUCCCUAAGUUUUUCUUCGUCUAAUAAAGUUGAAUAUUUUUUGUAAGGGGUUGA